AUGCCGCUUAGUUUACACGAUGACGGUGGCCCACAGCUGUUGUACCUCCAGAGUGGGGUGAGUAUCACUCGUUGGCGGCCGCGAGACUGGCCUCACACAGUCUCUCACUCCAGACAACAAGUGAAGGGUGUCGUCAACCCGACAAAAGAGAAGCAACUGAGGGACCGUAAACUUAGGGCCUCCAGUCUCGGAGAGACCACACCACGUCACACCCUCCAGUUCCACACCACGCCACACCGUCAAGGAUUAUAUUACGCCGAACCACAGCACACCACGUCACACCCUCCAGGACCACACCACGUCACACCAUCCAGGACCACACCACGUCACAUCCUCCAGAACCACACCACGUCACACCUCCAGGACCACAUCACGUCACAUCCUCCAGUUCCACACCGCGCCCCACCAUCCAGGACCACACCACGUCACACCAUCCAGGACCACACCACGUCACACCCUCCAGUUCCACACCACGCCCCACCAUCCAGGACCACACCACGUCACACCAUCCAGGACCACACCACGUCACACCCUCCAGGACCACACCGUCACACCCUCCAGUUCCACACCACGCCCCACCAUCCAGGACCACACCACGCCACACCCUCCAGGACCAAACCACGACCACACCACGCCACAGCCGCCAGGACCACACCACGCCACACUACGCCACACCCUUCAGGACCACACCACAUCACACCCUUCAGGCCACACCACGCCGCAUCCUGCAAAGCCACAUCACGCCACACCCUCCUGGGCCACAACACGACACAUUCUUCAGAGCCACACCACGCAGCACCCUUCAGGGCCACACCACGCCACACUAUCCAGGAAAAUACCACGCCAUAUUCUUCAGGGGAACACCACGCCCCGCUCUUCUGGACCACACCACGCCACACCCUUCAGGGCCACAUCACACGACAGCCUUCAGGGUCACAUCACACGACACCCUUCAGGGCCACAUCACGCCGCACCCUUCAGAGUUGCACCACACCACAACCUCCGGGGCCACAACACGCCGCAUUCUUCAGGUCCACACCACGCCACACCCUUCAAGACCACACCAUGCCACACCCUUUAAGACCACACCAUGCCACACCCAUCAGGGCCACACCAUUCCGCACCCUUCAAAGCAUCAUCACACCACAUCCUUCAGAGCCACACCACGCCACACCUUUCAGGGACACAACACAUCACAUCUUUCAUGCCCAUGCCACACCUUUUAGGGCCACACCACGAUACACCCUUUGGAGCCACACCACACCACUUCUUAGGGCCACAACACACCAAACCAACUACUACUACUUUGCUGGCCACACCAAGCCCUUCAGGGCUGCAACGCUCCACAUCCUUCAGAGCCACGCCACACCUUUAGACCAACACCUUUCGGGCUACCCUUCAGGGCCAUACCACGACACGCCUUUCAACCCUUCAGGGUGUCGUUCUAGUAACUCAGGGACUCGUUCUAGUAGCUCACAGACUCGUUCUAGUGGUUCAGAGACUCGUUCUAGUAGCUCAGAGACUCGUUCAAGUAGUUCAGGGACUCGUUCUAGUGAUUCAGAGACUCGUUCUAGUAGCUCAGAGACUCGUUCAAGUAGUUCAGGGACUCGUUCUAGUGGUUCAGAGACUCGUUCUAGUAGCUCAGAGACUCGUUCUAGUAGCUCAGAGACUCGUUCUAGUGGUUCAGAGACUCGUUCUAGUAGCUCAGAGACUCGUUCUAGUGGUUCAGAGACUCGUUGUAGUAGCUCAGAGACUCGUUCUAGUAGCUCAGAGACUCGUUCUAGUAGCUCAGAGACUCGUUCUAUGAGCUCAGAGACUCGUUGUAGUAGCUCAGAGACUCGUUGUAUAGCUCAGAGACUCGUUCUAGUAGCUCAGAGACUCGUUCUAGUAACUCAGUCGUCUAGUAGCUCAGAGACUCGUUCUAGUAACUCAGGGACUCGUUCUAGCAGCUCAGAGACUCGUUCUAGUAGCUCAGAGACUCCUUCUAGUAGCUCAGGGACUCGUUCUAGUAGCUCAGGGACUCGUUCUAAUAGCUCAGACUCGUUCUAG